AGAGGGGGGAGGAGGGAGGAGUGAGCGGGCUAUUCAAGGCACUUGUCCUCUGUCUCCCUCUGAGCAUAGAGGAGGGGGAGGCGCACAUGCAUUCAGAGAAACACAGUGGUAGCGGCCACAUUUCCACAGCCUGCUCCUCAGACUGACAGCAGCAAACGGAGCUGAGAGCACGACAGAGCGAGGGAGGUAGAGAAAGAGGAGAGGGAAGAAGAGGAGACUUACACUGGAUUUGUCCUCUUUUUUUUUUCCUCCUUCAGCCGUGAAAGGAAUCUCCCCCGUGCUCUUCUGGAGCUGAACUUGCUCUGCACCUCUGCUAUGGCAGCCCCAGUGGGACAUGGGAACACCGUCUCCCUCUCAUCUCGCUCCUCUCAUCGCUGGACUACCCUCCUCCUCUGGCUGCUGUUGACCCUUUUCAGCCAGGCCCGGGGCUUCAACCUGGAUACUACCCACACCCUGCACAAGUUUGGAGACCGUGGCACCUUUUUUGGUUUCUCUCUAGCUCUUCACCAGCAGCUUUCCCCGGAGCCUCAGAGCUGGAUCCUGGUGGGGGCGCCGCAGGCAGCGGGGCAGGGCCGGUUGCGGGGCAGUCGACCAGGAGCCCUGUUCAGGUGUCCCAUCACGCCAGAGGAGUACGACUGUGAGAGGGUGGAUAUCGAUGGAGAAGUGAGUCUGGACAGAGAGAGCAAAGACAACCAGUGGCUGGGAGUUACUGUCAAAAGUCAGGGCAUUGGAGGGAAGGUGGUGACCUGCGCUCACCUGUACGAGCUCAGGCAACGUGUCAGUCAACCCUCAGAGACUCGCGACCCCAUCGGACGCUGUUACGUCCUGAGUGAGGACCUGACCGAGCGAGAUGACCUGGACGGAGGCGAGUGGAAGUUCUGCGAGGGUCGGCCGCAGGGACACGAGCAGUUCGGUUUCUGUCAGCAGGGUCUGUCCGUCAGUUUCACCCCGGACAACAACUUCAUCCUGUUUGGCGCUCCGGGAACAUACAACUGGAAAGGUGAGAUGCGCGUCCAGCUCCUAAACCAGACUCUGCUUGACCUCGGUUUCUAUGACGACGGGCCCUACGAGGUGGCAGAUCAGAAACAGCUUAAUGCUCAGCUCAUCCCUGUGCCUUACCACAGUUACCUGGGGUUUUCUGUGGACUCGGCCAUGGGGAUAAUGAACCUUGGAGAGCUGACCUUUGUGGCGGGUGCACCCCGGGCCAAUCACACAGGUGCCGUGCUGCUGCUGAAGAAGGACAAUGUGUACCGGCUGGUGCCGCAGCACAUUUUCUGGGGGGAGGAGCUGGCGUCGUCGUUUGGCUACUCGGUCGCCACGACGGAUCUGAACAGGGACGGCUGGACAGAUCUGAUUGUUGGAGCUCCUAACUUCUUUGACCGUAAGGCAGAGAUCGGCGGAGCUGUUUACGUGUACUUGAACCCCUUCGGUCACUGGGACGAUCAGGCUCGGCCGAUCCGUCUCAACGGGACGUACGACUCCAUGUUUGGGAUGAUGGUUGCCAGCGUCGGAGAUCUGGACCAGGACGGAUACGGAGAUAUUGCUGUGGGAGCGCCGUUUGAUGGAGACGGCAAAGUUUUCAUCUACAGAGGCUCAGACGCUGGAAUUGAGACAAAACCUGCUCAGGUGUUGGAUGGUCGUGACUUUGAUGUGAGACGUUUUGGUUACUCCAUCUCAGGUGGUCUGGACAUCGACAAUAACCAAUAUCCAGACAUUGCAGUGGGAUCUUUGAAUGAUUCUGUCGUUCUCUUCAGGUCUCGUCCAGUCAUUCAUAUAAUCAGAGAAAUAUCUAUAGACCCUCAGUACAUCGAUCUGGAGCAGCACAACUGUAAAGGCAGAGAUGGAGUCUGCGUGGAGGUCAAGGCCUGCUUCAUCUUCACAGCCCACCCAGAACACUACUCACCACACAUUACCCUGGUGGUGCACUUUGAAGCUGACACAGAGCGCAGGAAGUUGGGCCUCCCGCACCGCGUCACCUUCCUGGGCCGCAGCUCUUUAGAGCCGGAGUACAUUCAGACGGAAGAAGUGGAGCUUCAUCGGCAGCAUCACCCAGCGUGCACCACCGCCGUCUUCCAACUCCACGAGAGCAUCCGUGACAAACUGCGUCCCAUCUCACUGGCAAUAACCCAUACGAUCAAGUCCGUGCCGCCACGCAGACACUCGGGUGCCAAGAGGCUGGAGAGGCUGGCGCCCAUACUGAAUAUUUCUCCCUCUAAUACACUGCACUCUGAGGUGAACUUCCUGCGAGAAGGAUGUGGCGCUGACAAAAUCUGCCAGAGCAACCUGAAGCUCAGCUACCAGUUUGGAACACGACCCCUGACCUCUGACCUCUUCACUCCUCUGCCAAAAGAUGAGGAUGACGUGCAGGUGUUCUCCCUGUCAGACCAGCGGCUGGUGGUGCUGGAGCUCACCGUCACCAACAUGCCCUCUGACCCCCUCUACCCUGAGGAGGACGGAGAUGACGCCCACGCCGCUCAGCUGCUCAUCUCCCUUCCAAACACUCUGUCGUACGCCGGCUCCAGGAUCCCACCACAGAUGAGAUGUCAAGCGAACCAGAAUGGCUCUCAAGUCGAGUGUGACCUUGGAAACCCGGUCAAACGAGACACGAAGCUGAAAUUCUCCAUCAACUUGAGCACAUCAAACAUCACCAUCGAGACCACGGAGUUGACAGCAGAUCUCUCACUGACAACGAUCAGUGAGCAGCCGGACCUGACCCCCAUCACAGCGUUCGCUAAAGUUGUGAUAGAGCUCCCUCUGUCUGUCAGUGGGCUCGCUCGUCCUCACCAGCUGUUCUUCAGCGGGGCGGUGAGGGGAGAGAGCGCCAUGAGCAGUCUGGAGGACGUCGGCAGCCCUGUGGAUUUUGAGUUUGUGGUGGCUAAUCCCGGACAAGCUCUGCAGACGUUCGGCUCGGCCUUCCUGAACAUCAUGUGGCCUUACGAGCUGACCAAUGAGAAGUGGCUGCUGUAUCCUGCGAGCCUGAAGUUUGAGGGUCACCCAGACACACAGUGCUCCCCCACCGGGGCCCUGAAUCCUCUAAAGCUGCAGAGCUCCUCACCUGCAGAGCUUCCACAGUUGAUCGACCACAGGGCCGGGAGAGCGCGGCGCUCGUACCCAGAGGACGAAGGUCAAGUGAUGGCAAAAGGCAACGUGGGACGAACCACCCCGGCGGUGGCAGCGUCAGAGAGACGCAAGUCGCUCAAACUGGACUGUCUCCUGGGAUCGGCACGUUGUGUCCUGUUCCAGUGUCCUCUGCACAGCUUCUCUGGUCAGGCUGUCCUCAAAAUCCACGCCAGGCUGUGGAACAGCAGUUUCAUAGAGGAGUUCCAGGCCGUCAGCGCCCUGGAGCUGCUGGUCAGAGCCAACAUCACUGUCAAGUCCAGCAUCAAGCACCUGGUCCUGAAGGAUGCUGCUGCACAGGUCCCAGUGAUGAUCUACCCUGAACCUGGUCUGGCGGAUCAGUACUGGAUCCCCUGGUGGAUCAUCCUCAUAGCUGUACUGGCAGGCAUCCUGCUGCUGACUCUGCUGGUCUGCAUACUGUGGAAGUGUGGUUUCUUCCGACGGGCCCACUACAAAGACAAACUGCCUCAGUACCACGCGGUGAAGAUUCCUCGCGAGGACCGGCCACAGUUCCAGACUGAGAAGUCAGGAGUUGUCCAUAAAAAGGAAUGGGCCACGCACUGGAGCGACGGGACCUCGUAACUUCGCUUUGAAGCACUGACUUGACUGAAUUAAUUCAAAUCACCACGUGUGGCACUCAUCCUGUCUUUGCAUUGGAACUAACGGACUAAAAAAGAAAAGUGCACACAGACUGAGAUCGUGAAAUCGUGUGCACAUCGUACUCGUAUAUUGGUGGCCUGUUACACUGUGACUGGAUCUAUGCUCUCCCAUACUGCAGCCCACUGAUGGCUGGCCUCGGAUAGUCUAUUUAUACUGUGCAUCCUCAUCAGCGUUUUACAGUAAAUAGCAAAGAACCAGUCUUAGCUGCUCAAUAUGUUUCUCAGCCUGCACAGGGAGCGCCGAUGCUCUCCGUCUGUCAUCAGUUUGACUGGCACAACAAAGGAGGACAGAAAAUCACGACACAAAGACAUGCAUGAAUGCACAAACAUACAGUAUAAUAUCAGAUGCAUACAGACACACUGGACAUUGUAGAAGCCACUGCCCACGACAAAGACUACUUUUUUGCCUUAACUACUGUAAGACUGACGACUGAUAGGGGCAAUGAAAAAAUGCUUUUUUUAUAUAAACGGGAUGUUUUGGGGUUUUAUUUUAGUUAGCACUGGUAACCAAUGGGAAAAUGUCAGUAUGUAAGAUAUCCAUAAAGUUGUUACAGAACGCUGAAUGUGUUGUUUUCUGGGCUUGCUGAUUGCUCUAGGCUGGCUAAAAAAAAGCCAAUAAAUAAGUUCACCUGAUGGUUUUUGUUAAUUCUUGUUCAAGGUAAAGAAAGCCUUCUAAACAAGGAGCCUUUUCAGUUUGUAUCUUUUACUUUUUUUGUUAAAUGUCAGUCAGAUGUACUGUACAUCAGUAGUUGAUUGCCUGAGUGAACUUGAAUAAGAAAACCACAAUACAGCCUGUAAAAGCAAAGGCUGUAGCACUGUUAUCGCAUGAAAACCAAAUGUGUCAGAGAGUGAAGCAAUGCUGGAAGUGUGGUCAGUGUUAGCGUUUAAAUUUCUGAACCAAACUGAUUUUUGAAUGGAUGUCCUGAAUGAUAAGGACACUCAUUUUCCCCAUGUAUAAAAUUAUGUGUGAAACCAUACUUUAUUCUCCAGUUAAACCCACUACUGCUCUGUAUGACUGAAUGUGACACAUUUAAAUCAUGACACCAUUUUUUUUUCUACUAAGGAGACGUCAUCCAAAUUGUCCCGUUAAAGUGUACUAACCUGUUUGAAGCACUGUUCCUGUUCCUGUUCUGAUCAGUCAGGGUAAGACUGUACAUUCAUUUCAGGACUGACAUUUCUAAUUGCAUACGAGUGCCUUAUGGUAAAAAGUGGCAGAUUGUGAGCUACUGGUUAAGAACACAAGGCUACUGCAAAUUAGAUCAUGCUGCCCUGAAGCACCUGUUGGACACCUGUGGGCGAAUAAACAUCCCUCCAAUUUCCACAACAUGAAGAAAGGAGAGAUUUCCUGAAAAGCAGCGUACGUCAGAACAAGACAAACUUUCUUUGGAUCUAAUCUGGGUCGAUGAAGUGGCUGUAAAGCAUGAAGAGUCAGCUUGUUUUUUUUUUAGGUAUUGCUGGACAAUCUUGUAUUAGCUGCAUGAAGCUCUUGUUGCUGUUCUGGACGUUCCCCCAUUGUUUUUUUUUUCAUUGUCAUGACUGUUUUAUUUAUUUUUUGUUUGGCUGCACUGUUUUAACAUUGUAAAUAAAAGACAACAAUAAACCCAUCAGACAACUUCA